UAUAUUAUAUAAUAACAGGGUUGAUGCAUUGGAAAUAGUCCAUCCUCCACAUAAACCUUGCCCCAACCCAUCACUGAAAUUGCACUGCUAAUUUCUCUGCUUCUUCCUUUCUUCCUCAAACACUCUUCACUCAUUGUCAAAACUUAGACCAAUUUGUAAAUGAAGAAAGUGGUGGUGAAAUUGGAUUUGCACGAUGAGAAAGCAAAGCAGAAGGCGAUGAAAUCGGUUUCUAGCCUGCCAGGUAUUGAUUCGAUCUCCAUGGACAUGAAGGAGAAGAAACUGACAGUAGUGGGUGACAUAGACCCUGUGAGUGUGGUGAGCAAAUUGAGAAAAACUUGGCACACAGAAAUUGUAACUGUUGGGCCGGCAAAAGAGCCAGAGAAGAAGAAAGACGAAGAGAAGAAAGACGAUGGGAAAAAAGAUGACAACAAGAAGAAAGAUGAUGAGAAGAAGAAAGAUCCAAAUCAGCAAAUUGAGGAACUUGUCAAGCUCUACAAAGCAUACAAUCCUCACAUGACCACAUAUUAUUAUGUUCAGAGUGCUGAAGAAAACCCUAAUGCUUGUGCUAUUUCUUGACUCACACUCUCAUCUUUUUUCAUCUUUCACACCAUCAAAAAACCACAACUCAUGUUUAUUGGUGAAUCCCAUGCCACCAUAGAUGACCCAACCUCGUGAAACCUUCGUGUAAAUUAUAUUUUGGGAGUAUUGAUUGAGAGGAUUACGAUGUACCAAAACAGGCUAUGGAGGUUUUGAAUGAAUAAAUCAAUUGAUGUGUGAAUUGUGGGAA